GUCCGUGACCCUGGCGAGUCCUUCUCGGCCAGUAGGGAGGAGUCGUGCUUGCUGAAGCUGUAGCGGACGGGAGACAUGGUGGUCGAGGACGAGAAGAAGGCGCUGAACGGCGAGGAACCGAAGAAGGAAGAAGAAGAACCAGAAUUGGUGGACCCUCUGACCACUGUGAGGGAGCAAUGUGAGCAGAUGGAGAAGUGUGUGAAGGCCCGAGAGCGGCUGGAGACGUGCGCAGAACGAGUGUCUGCAAACCCUCACACUGAGGAGGACUGCACCGAGGAGCUCUUUGACUUCCUGCAUGCCCGAGACCACUGUGUGGCUCACACGCUCUUUGAAAGUGUGAAAUAAACCUCCGAGGCCCGGGAAGCCCCGCAGCCUCCUUGCUGCUCACCUCACCCUGGAUCUCAAAUCCUGUGUCCCCUGUCCUGCUCUCUGCAUGAGGCCUGGUGGCUGCAGGCUUGGGCCUGGAGUCCGGGUGACCCGGAGCAGCUCCCUUGUAAUAAAGUCUAGUCAUCUGUG